ACAACUGAUGCGAGCGACUUGUGCGAGCACAUGCUGCAGACUGAAGCCGAAACUCCACUGAUCUGCCUUUAGAAAACAACCCCGGACUCACGAGGACCUCUUUAACCAUCUCACAUUCACCAAAAUCACAGCCCAGUGUGCCAGACGAAGGUUCAAGUAAAAAACGAGGAUUUUUAAAAACUCACCAAGAUGCACUUGUUGUCUGCCGGGUGCCUGGGAGCCGUCCUGUUCACGGCGCUUCUGAGCCAAGUGAGCAGUUUGAAUACUGUCUUUGGUCUUUAUGGAGAGACACUGGAGAUCCCAUGCAACAAAGGAUCCACAAAGGAAGACAUCCUCAUGACUAAAUGGAAAUAUGACAAAGGCGAUGGGCUCUCCGGAAAUCUGCUGGUCAAAAAGAAAAACGAGAAUGUGUCUGUAAGUGCUGGAGAUGAGUACAAGAACAGAGUUAGCCUGGCCUCUAACUCCAGUCUGCUGCUGUCUGAGGCCAGGCUGAGCGACCAGAGGGCCUUCACCUGCAUGGUGGUGGCUGUGGAAGACAUCAUUGAGUACACAGUCAAUGUGGUCAUCUACAAAACGCCUCUUGGCCUGGAGAUCACUGAAAAGGCAGAGGAACUGGAAAUUGGCAAGAAAAUUAAGCUUGGGAAAUGUAUUGCACAAGAUGCCAACCCAGCAGUAAAUAUCACAUGGCUCAAGAACAAUAAACCACUGCUGCAAGAUGGACAAGGCAUCAACAUCCAGGACUCAGUGCAAGUUGACCCUGUGACAGGCCUCUCAACCACCACUUCUGUGCUGAUUUACUCGGCGCAGAAGGAGGACACCGACGCCCAGUUCAGCUGCAGCACCGAGGACAGCCUCGGGCAAAAGUUCAGCUCCUCUUCUGAGAGCUUCACCAUCACCUACUCGACAGAGAACAUCAUGCUGCAGGUCAUCGCUACUGAGCCUCUUGUUGAAGGUGGCAAUGUGACUCUAAAGUGUGAAGCAGAUGGUAACCCCGCUCCCACCAGCUUUAACUUCAAUCUGAAUGGAAAAGAGACAGUGAAAGUGGAGAAUGACAACACCUUCACCAUCACAAAUGUGUCCCGUGACACAUCCGGUGAAUACAAAUGUUCCCUUAUUGACAACCCAACAAUGGAAGCCUCCAAGGACAUCACAGUCAACUACCUAGAUGUCAAUUUGAACCCCACGGGGAGUGUGGAAAAGAAUGCAGGUGAUACCCUGGCUGUAAAUCUGAAGGUUGAUGCUUCCGGCGAAUAUAAGGUCUCAUGGACAAAGGAUAAUGUUAAACUGGACAAAGAGCCUAAGUUUACCAAGCUUACAUACAGUGACGCUGGACAGUACGAGUAUGAGGUGACAUUGGGUGCAUUAACUGAAAAAGCUUCAUUUGAGCUGGUUGUUCAAGGUGCUCCUGUUAUCAAACAGCUGCUUAAACAGCGCAGCGAGGACGGGCGAAACAAAGUACUCAUCUGUGAGGCUGAGGGCUCCCCAAAACCAACUGUUUCCUGGAGCAUCAAUGGCACCUCGUCUAAUGAAGGCCCUUUCAUCAAUGGAAAAAUCAUUCAUAAGAUCACCGUAGUGCCUACAGCCAAUCUGACUGUUUCCUGUACAGUCUCUAACGACUAUGGCAUGGACACCAAGGUUAUCAAUGUAUCAUCCCUAUUUGAGGAGGUGAGAAUGGAUAAACGAGAUCAAUCAGAAGAUGGUGACAAAACCAAACUGGUGGUUGGUGUCGUUGUGGGUCUUCUUGUUGCUGCUCUUGUUAUAGGACUGGCUUACUGGGUUUAUAUGAGAAAAUCCAAGCAGGGCAGUUGGAAAACCGGUGAAAAGGAAAGUGGCUCUUCUGAGGAGGAGAAGAAACUUGAGGAGAAAGUAGAGGAGAACAGUCAAAAAGCUGAAGUGUAAAGAAUGCAUCCAACCUGUGGAGAUGUGAAAGUGGAUCUUUGCACAUUUCUCUUCACCUCUUUUGGAAGAAAAAAAUUGUACAUUGGGAUGAAGACAGUUUGGACUUGGUUUCAGGGAUCAUUGACUAAAGCAUAUCCAAACUCCCCUUGACUCUUAUACCCCAACCCACCCAACCAUUCUUAAAAAAAUGAGUGGAUAAUUUAUGUGAUAUACAUUAACUUGUCUGCACUACUGAUCGAUGUGUAAACUGUUGACUAUUAGGAUUUAUGCUAGAAUGAACUUUUUUUGAAAAUGAGAAAAUGCAUACCUGUUUUUGGUUUCCUUAGUUGAUGCAAGUGAUAUUAUAGUUAAACCGGGAGCCUUUGUUGUAAGAAUGUUGGACUCUUUGCCUUUGUACACAUAGCAAGCGCGGAUAGGUUCCAUCAACAUUAAUUCGUCAAAUGUUCCUCUGCCUCCAACUGCUGUCUAAACAUAUUUACUUGAAGAUUUGUUUCUUUUUAAGGCACCAUUACAUUAAGCUGGAUAAGAAGACUCCUGAAAGGGCUAUGGGUAUAUUCUUGUACUCAACUUGGUUAGUUAAGAUUGAACUUUAUACUUUUUAAUCUCACAAGAGAAAAGGUGGAUUUCAGAUUUAAGAAGCUGACUGAAGUAGAGGAUUUGCCAUGCUUAUGUUCCAUUUGUUAUCAUUUUAUGAAUGUGCUUUUCAUUUCAUUAUGUUUACAACAUUUAGUCUAUAGAGAAAGAAAACAUACACAUGCCUUGAUUUUAAUAUCCACACAUAGUUUACAUAAAAUGUUUUUCUUUUUCUCAAUUAAAGUCCCAGGGACUGCUGAAAAGCUCUGUUAAUAAAUCUUCCUGUAGUAGUUUCCUGUUGUGAGUAUGUGCACUAGGUUUCAUGCUUUCAUGUCCACUUUGUGUAGAACUACAAUGAGAUACACUGAGCUGUACAACUCAUUAUUUGGUUGUUAACAAGUGCAGUUAGAAAAUAUAUCACACCAGGAUGUAUUGUGAACAAUGUGAUAUUUGUUUUUCUUAGCUAUUUAUAUUGUACAUGAUCGUUUUUGCUUGUAGGCAACAACCACUGUCAUGAAAUCCUAUCUUGAAACAUAAUAGCUACAGGCAAGGUUGCCAAAGUUAUGAUUGGCCAGUAAAUCAUUCAGCAUAAUUGAGCAGAUUCCGCAUGUGAUAAGUUUGGACUCGCAAGCUGCUGUUUGUUGACCAUUUUGUGUAAAAA